GCGGGCGGCCCGGCGGGCGGGGGGCUCGGCCGCUCCGCGGGAUCUUCAGCCCCGGUUGAGCGAGACAAAGGCGCGGGGGACGCGCCCGCCCCCGGGGAGCGGGCGGGAGCCGCCCCGCUUCCCCCUCCGCGCCAUGUGGAUCCAGGUGCGCACCAUCGACGGCACGGAGACGCAGACCAUCGACGACCUUAGUCGUCUCACCAAGAUUGAGAGCCUGCGCCAGAAGAUCCAGGAGACCUUCCGCGUCAGCCCCGACCGCCAGCGCCUCUUCUACCGGGGCAAGCAGGCUGUCCUCCUUCUCAGUUACUCUUCUCCUACUUCUGCUAUGCUGUAUCUAUUCAGACAAAAUCUGGAAGAUGGACAUACUUUAUUUGAUUACAAUGUUGGACUGAAUGAUAUAGUUCAGCUUUUGAUACGUACUGAGUCUGAUGCUCCCACUACCACUUCUAUGACUAAUAAUGAUGGAGAAGGCAAUCCAUGUGCUGUUUCCAACUGUAAAAACAAAGUCAAGAAAACAAGUGGUGGAUCUCCCAAUCAGCCAUCUACUUCUGCUCGCUCAUUUCUUAUUGACCCUGGCAUUGGAUUGUACAAGAUAAAUGAAUUGGUGGAUGCCCGUGAUGUCAGCAUUGGAGCCUGGUUUGAAGCUCACAUAGAAAAUGUUACCCGAGCAAAAAAGGGACAUAAGAAUGGUAAAGCUCAAGCAAAGAGUGGCAAUUCUUACAAAAGGACUAAUGGAAACUUAAGCCAAGAUCAUUCUAGAGAAAGUACAAAUAAUUUGGACAGUACACCUUCCACAUCUUAUUCAGACUGUAUGGACACUGAUGAAGAAGUUAUUUAUCAUAUCAAGUAUGAUGAGUACCCAGAGAAUGGUAUAGUAGAAAUGGAAGCCAGUAAUCUUCGACCACGAGCAAGAACCAUUCUGAAGUGGAGCGAACUAAAAGUGGGUGAUACGAUGAUGGUUAACUACAAUGUAGAGACUCCAGAAGAGAGAGGAUUUUGGUUUGAUGCAGAAAUUACCUCUUUGAGGGAAAUCUCAAGGACUAACAAAGAAGUUCACGCCAAAAUUCUUUUGGGAGGCCCAGACGACAUAAUAAAUGAUUGCAAAAUCCUUUUUAUAGAGGAAAUGUACAAGAUUGAAAAACCAGGAGCUUAUCCGCUGACAUUUGGGGAUGGAGAUUUCAAAAGGAAGAGUGGCCCCGAGUGCAAGCACUGCAGGGCAGAUCCAGAUAAGGAAUGCCGUUUUUGCUCCUGUUAUCUGUGUGGUGGAAAACAGGAUGCUCACAUGCAACUUCUGUGUGAUGAAUGUAAUAUGGCUUAUCAUAUAUACUGCCUGAAUCCACCUUUAAGCAAAAUACCAGAAGAUGAGGACUGGUAUUGUCCUUCCUGCAAAAAUGAUUCUAAUGAAGUUGUAAAGGCUGGGGAAAAACUCAAACAGAGUAAAAAGAAAGCAAAGAUGCCAUCUGCCAGUACUGAGAGCCAGAGAGAUUGGGGCAAGGGUAUGGCCUGUGUUGGGCGCACCAAGGAAUGCACUAUUGUUCCUUCUAAUCACUAUGGACCUAUACCUGGUGUUCCUGUUGGAACAACCUGGAAAUUCAGAGUUCAGGUGAGUGAAGCAGGCGUUCACAGGCCUCAUGUUGGUGGAAUCCAUGGACGCAGUAAUGAUGGAGCUUACUCCCUUGUGCUGGCUGGAGGAUUUGAAGAUGAAGUGGACCGAGGCGAUGAAUUCACUUACACUGGGAGUGGUGGUAGAGAUCUUUCUGGUAAUAAAAGGAUUGGAGAACAUUCAUUUGAUCAAACAUUAACACACAUGAACAGGGCACUGGCCCUUAAUUGUGAUGCCCCGUUGGAUGACAAAAAUGGAGCAGAGUCUAAAAACUGGAGAGCUGGGAAGCCUGUUAGAGUGGUGCGCAGUUCAAAAGGACGAAGGAUCAGCAAGUAUGCCCCAGAGGAGGGCAACAGAUAUGAUGGCAUUUACAAGGUGGUGAAAUACUGGCCAGAAAUUGGAAAAUGUGGAUUCUUAGUUUGGCGCUAUCUUCUGAGAAGAGAUGAUCUGGAACCUGCACCUUGGACCUCAGAAGGAAUAGAACGGUCAAAGAAACUGGGUCUGAGUGUACAGUAUCCAGAAGGUUAUCUGGAAGCCAUGGCAAGUAAAGAGAAGAAAGAUAAGGUUAAGAAGCAAACUGUGAAACAGGAGCCAACUAGACAGAGCAAUGGAAACCAGAAGAGGACAAUUGAUGACGCAGGGAUACAAGAGUCUACAAAUGCAUCCAAAGCCAUGAGAAUGGGGGAUGGAGGAAAAGGAGAAGCUUUUCAGAUAACCCAGCAACAACAGUGGCUGAUUAGAGAAGACUGUAUGAACCAGAAAUUGUGGGAUGAAGUGCUUGCUUCUCUUAAAGAAGGACCAAAUUUUCUGAAGAAACUGGAACAAUCCUUUAUGUGUGUCUGCUGCCAGGAGCUGGUUUACCAGCCAGUGACAACAGAGUGCCUCCACAACGUCUGUAAAAGCUGUUUACAGCGCUCCUUCCGAGCUGAAGUUUUCACCUGCCCAGCCUGCCGCUAUGACCUUGGAAAGGGCUAUACUAUGGUUCCCAACAAGAUCCUGCAGACACUACUCGACCAGUUCUUCCCUGGUUACAGCAAAGGACGAUGAUAUGUUUAGCUCCUACCAUACUUCUCCCAGUGACUUUUAUAGACAGUAAAGGAGAAUAAACAUGGGAAAUGCAACAGUGGACCAGCCAGCUUGAUGGGACUCAAUAUAGUGUCACAUUUUUGAAGCAGCUAACCCUCUUCCCCAUAGAGCCAUCUUUUUGUGUAGUGAGAACUCCAAUUCUCAGCUGUCUUUUAACAUCAAAGGUAGUUUUGGCCAGUUGACAAUAGUUUCUAAAGUGAAAAAACAGAAGCCUCAGCUUUGACUGGUCAAUCCUAACUGAUACUUAAGUUAUGGUUUGUGCAUUGUAACUACCUCAGGACAGAGGAAAAUAAUUUGUGGGGAUUAAAACAGUUCAAUGAAGUUUUAGCUACACACUGCCUCCUGAAUAUUUAGUUGUGCCUGGUCCAUGUGGUUUGAUUUACAAAAAAAAAAAGCAGCACUUAAACCGGUUUGAUUAAAGAACAGCAAAUUCUGUGGUGUGCAUAAUCCUUUUUUGUCUUUUCUUCCAUUAUGCUGGUUUUGUUUUUUUUUUUGCAAGAACAGGCUGAUUUUUAGUCUAUUUUUGUGAGCUUCAUUGUGCUUUUCCUUGUAUCUUAUGCAAGUUGACUACUAAUGACUAAUGAGAACAAUAUGAAUGCAUUGUUGCUACAUUAGUGUAAAGUGAUCUGUGUUUUUUGCACUUAAGGAGGGUAUUCAAGACACUCUAGUUGUGUAAAAAAA